GAAGGGGUCAUUAAUAGCAUGAAAGCUGAGAAAAUUGCAUGGCGAUCUAGAAUAAUAUUGUAACGUGGACUUUAAUUGAAGUGAAAAUAUGGAAAACAAUUUGGACAAGUGUUCAGGAGGAGCCUUGGGUCCCAUAGAAACUUGGAAACAACGACUCAGAGACUCAUCAGUGAACUGGACUGGUGGAAGAGGAUUCCGAGAAAGGCUUGUUUCAGCCAAAGAAGCAGCCAGAGAAAAAGCAUUUGAAGUCAAAGAAAAGGCGAGACAUAAGAUCUCUGGAGGAGAGGACAACGAUUAUUCACACAUUUACAGGCAAGGGGGACUCUUUGAGUUUGCCCCG